GUGGACACGUGUGGGAGGGCAGGGGGCGGGGAGGGGCGUGGGUGGAUGCUACCGAUGCUGCCGAUGCUAGCGACAUUCCACCCCCCGAGCACCAGGUCCCCCCGCCCCGCGCCACCGGUGCGGUGGCGGAGCCGCCUCCUCGCCGUCGCCAAGGCACCGGCUGCCCCCCAACCCCUCUCGGUACCCCCCCCUCCGACGCCGCCCGGGCGACCGUGGCUUUAGAUUGUUACUGUGCCGCUGGGGGGGUAACAGUCUACAGCCAUGGUCGCCGGGACAGGCGGACUCGCAGCGCGGGCAGCACCGGCUCCCCCCCCGGCCCCACCCCCGGGGGUCCCCGAGGCGGCGGAGGCGGGGCGGCGGGGGUCCCGUCGGGGGCGGCCCGCCUCCCGGGGCAGUAGGAGCUCACAUGCAGGAUGCAGCUCGCCGCACAUCAACUCUUACUGUUCGGGGGGGCGGGCGCCGAACGGCUCCUCCUCGGGCAGUGGGAACGGUGGGGACCCCCCCUCUGAUCCCCCCAUCCUGCCCCCUGCCCCGCAACCCCUCACCUGCCCUCCCGGCGGGGCCGCCCCCGCCGGGCUUAUCCCGCCGCAUCUGUGCGCUCGGCAGCCGCGGUCCCGUCCCACCCUCCCGUGCCCCCCUGUCCCGCCGCCGGUGUGCGGGAGGAGCACGGGACGUUCGCGGAGCGCGGCGGGGCCGGCGCGGCGCGGACUGAGCGCGGCCCGCGGGGCCGGGGCGGGGGAGGCCGGGGGCGGUCGCAGGUUGCACAACCCGCCCGUCGCGGCCAGGAGAUUCCUGAGCGGCGAAGUCAGAGCGGCCCGGCCUGCCCCGACACCGGGCACCGGGCCCUCAGCAGCCGGCGGCGACCGGUGCCGGCCGGGCAGGGCCCCUCUCGGGGGGCACCGCGGACCUACAGCCUCGGAGAUGGGGACAGAGGGGGCUGGAAGGGACGUAGUGACUACAGAGACCCCGGAAGAGAAGUCGGAUGCCUAAUCCCGUGGGGACACCGGGGAGGGGGGGGUCA